GAGGCCUUGAUACUAUCUCUACAGGUCUAGUUCUGUCAUGGAGACGCUGUGUCACAGGCCACAGAUCUGAUGGGGAUUACUGCCAAUUAAUGGAGUCAAUGUUAGAAUUGGAUAAAGGAUAGAUUGCAGAUUUGCAAUAGUUUUAAGAUUCAGAUUAGUGUCCUGACAGGUAUUACGAAACAUAAAUUUCACGAUUGUAAUACUCAAUAGUACCAAUGCCAGUCGGCACAGACGGACCAACUGUUCAACCACCGAGGCUUUCAUCGCCGUCAAAACUUCCAGCCCAAUUUGAAAUAAAUGAAGAAGAUGAGUUGAUGAACAUUAAACCCGAGGAUAGUGUCUCGGAAACAAAAUCAAGAAGGUCAUCGAAAGAUACUUCAGGUCUUAUAACAGACCUCACAAGGUUAAAAGCUAUUACUGGCGAUGACCGAAUCGGUGACCCGUUGUAUGUUACAGAAUAUAGACAAAAACUACCAGAUCUUACACAAGAAGUUAUAAAAGAACGAACAUUUGAAGGAGAUGAGUUUGAAAUACGUGGGUUAAGUGGUGCUGAUUUGACAAGACAUUUACAAGAUGAAUAUAUAGAAGAUGCUGCUGAUGGCAGAUCUGAUGUGUUCGAGGACAAUGAAUCUAAUAUAUCAUCGUUGGAAAGUGACGAUGAAAAAGCCAACGAAGAAUAUGAUACAGACUUUGAUCCAACAGAGGCUGAUAGACUGAUUUACCCAGAACGAUAUGAAACUGACCCAAAUGGUGUAGGAUUAUAUGAACGCCAUUGUGAAGAGAUUGGUGUACAGCCCAUUACCUACUUCAUCAAACAUAUGCAGGACACAAAUCUUACAAUGAAAUUUCAUGGACUAGGACCUCAAGGAAUGCGUGCUAUUGCUGGCAAUAUAGAGAUUAACACAGUGACAGAGAGAAUCGAUUUAGAGGGUAAUUACAUUCUCGGGGAAGGUGCAACAUAUCUCACGAGAGUAUUGAAGGACAACUCCUACGUAUCCGAGCUGGUAUUGUCUGAAAACAAAAUAGGAUCAGAGGGAGCUGUGGCACUGUGCGAAUUAUUAACCAAAAAUAAAACCAUUAUUCAUUUGAAUCUAACAGGGAAUGAAAUAGAUGAUUCAGCUGCUGAUGCAUUUUAUGACAUGCUAGUGGCAAACUCUGAAAUUAAAACAUUGAUUUUGAAGCAUAAUUGCUUUGAAGAGUACGGUGCUGAUUGUUUCUGUAAGAUAAUGGAUGAAAAUGUGACAUUACAAACAUUAGAUCUCAGCUGGAACCACUUCCAGACCAAAGGUUGUGCUGCACUGGCUGAAGGGAUUAAGCUAAAUGAAGGACUGAAGUAUUUAGAUGUCAGCAUGAAUGGAUUCGGUCUAGAAGGAGCACGAGCAAUGGAGGAUGCGCUAAAAACUAACAGAAUAUUGAGAGAGUUGCAUUGUACGCACUGUAGAAUACCCGUAGAAGGUGCACCUCACAUAGCUGCUGGUAUACAAGUCAAUGAAGCUUUAGUUAAAUUAUAUAUCGGACAUAAUGAAUAUGGUUGUGACGGAGGAUUUUUUAUACUCGAAGGUGUAAAUAGAAAUGACAAGAAGACACUGCAAUAUUUAGAUUUUGCGAAUUUAAUGGUAAGAAGAUCGUUUCAAGCAUUAGAGAAAGAGUUACGAGAAGACCGCAACUUAGUCACAGUAUAUGGAGGUGUUUUGGUGGAUGUGACCAGUUUCGCAAGUAAAAAGCCCCGAGAUCCCGAGAAAUUACUGGCGUCAGAUCCUAUGACGAAGCUAAGGGAAUAUGUAGAGAAAGCUGGAUAUAGGAUGAUAGACUUGUUAAAAACGUUCGAUAGAGAUAACAACUGGCAGAUAUCCAGAGAAGAAUUAUCUAUGGGUGUUAAGAAAUGUAACAUUGAUUUAACUGAAGAACAAAUUGACAAGUUGAUGAGCCAGUUAGACCUAGAUGGCAAUGGUGAAAUAGAUCUAAGUGAACUAAUGGAAGGAAAGCUAGAAAAUACUUUACUACAACGAGAAGCUAUAAGAUAUAGAGAAGAAGUAGACAAAAAGACGAAAAAAAAUGAACAGAUGACGGCUAAAGCUGAUCCUCAAUCGUUUAUGGAAAUGAUGAAUGAUUAGGACACAUACUUAAACGAUACUCAAAUGCCUUUUCCUAUUUCUUAAAUAUAUUUACAACAUAUUAAGAAUCUGUAGUAUAAAUAGAAAAUCUGUAUUGUGAAUUGACUUUUAAAUGUCAACUGAUUAAGCAAUGCGUGCCAAUCGGAUUUUUAUCAAUUGACUUAUAUUUGUGUUUGUGACUGUAAUUUAUUAUGUACAUUAAAAUCAGUUUACAGUACAAGCUUUAACAUAAAAAGCUCUGCAAUAGCGUUAUUGUCAGACAACUAGGUUGA